AUGACAACUACCUUGCUUUGUAACAUGAUAUUUCUGCUGGCAUUUGGAUUGGCUUCAGCUUUUAGUCACAGCCCUAGGACCCCUGACAGGGUUUCUGAAGCAGAUAUUCAGAGGCUCCUCCAUGGGGUUAUGGAGCAAUUGGGCAUUGCCAGACCCCGGGUAGAAUAUCCAGCGCACCAGGCUAUGAAUCUAGUUGGUCCACAGAGCAUUGAAGGUGGUGCGCAUGAGGGUCUCCAGCACUUGGGUCCUUAUGGCAAUAUCCCAAACAUCGUGGCUGAGCUGACAGGAGAUAACGUACCAAAGGAUUUCAGUGAAGAUCAAGGAUAUCCUGACCCUCCAAAUCCCUGUCCUAUUGGAAAAACAGUUGAUGAUGGGUGUCUAGAAAACACCCCAGACACUGCAGAGUUCAGCAGUGAAUACCAGCUGCACCAACACCUUUUUGAUCCAGAGCAUGACUAUCCCAACAUGGGCAAGUGGAGCAAGAAUUUACUCUUUGAGAAGAUUAAUGGUGGUCCAAAAAGAAGAAAGAGGAGUGUGAACCCUUACCUGCAAGGACAGCGACUGGAUAAUGUUGUAGCAAAGAAGUCUGUUCCGCGUUUUUCAGAUGAAGACAAGGGUCCUGAAUAAGUACAAUAAAAAUGAAUGAUGAAAACUCAUGCCAUCCUCUGCUAGAUCGUAAUAUUGCUUAUAUAUAAUCAUCUAUUAAAAUCCUUGUGAAUGGCAGCAUGUUUAUUAUUUAUAUAAUUGUAGAUGAAAAACAGCUGUAUUUAUAAAAGUAUGUUCUCCUAGAUAACAAAAAUAUGGUUCUGCUUUUUGUUAAGUUAUGGUAAAAGGACAUUUCUGUUGUUUUUGUUUUAGUCAUGGAGCAAACUUUAAAAAUGUUAGUCAUUCUAAUAGCUAAUGUGAGGUAAAUGGUCUUAAUGAGGAGCUUGUAAAUAGGAAGAUGUAAAAAAAUGCCCGGUCUGACUCAAACAUUUAAUCUUGAAUGUUACUAUGUUUGACACAUGAAAAUUAUAGUUUUAUGUUUUGUUCACAAAUAUUGUUACUUAGCAAAGACAAAGUAUUUAUCUUACCAAGAAGUUUUUGGCUUUUGGUCCAUUUUAAUAAACAUUUAAGCAAUCUACAAGGUUUGUAAAGUGACAUUUUCCAAAAUAUUUCAGAGGCUCAUUUGUCUCUGUUAUUGCUGUGCAAAUUUAAAAAUUAAAGAACUGCUUUUUGACUCUAUCCACUGGAAUAUUUUUCUGUUAGUUUUAAUUGUUCAACAUCCAUAACUUUCCUGAACACUUGCACACCUUUCUUCCUUAUCUAUGGUACUGUUGUGUGGAAAUUCAUCUCCCCUGCUGUUCUUUGUAACAGCUGCAUUUGUGCAUUAUAAUGUGCUUGAAUUAUGUGU